GUAACGAACGGCUCAAGGGAAGCUAGUUGUAUCGGUCACGACUAUGUGGUGAUAGAUUCCAGAUUAAGGUAGUAAAACCUUCAGGCCUCAGACUGACUGCACUUCAGUGUACUACUGAUUAAGUCAGUUUUUGCUUCCUAGGCAGGGUAUAUUAGAGCCCAGAGGGCUGCCGUUGUCCUAAGUACAUUCAGGGGUCUUUCUUCCUUUCCUUUGCAGAGGAGAGACUGGCUAUUUGUCCUAGAACUACUUUGCUUUUAGUUGGGUUGACUUCUCACUUCAUGGUAAAAUAGAAUUUUCCCAUAAGUGAGUAAAGUGUCCUCAGUAUUUGACACUUAGUCAUUUCAGGCCAUGAUAGGAACAGCGGUGACUGCAGUGAAGGUAUGGAGUAUAAAAGCCAGAUGGGGCUCUAGAUGGUCAAGUCAGGAGGGAGGAGCCCAGACUGGAAUGUGGCUUUGGGAAUAACUAAGAGGUAGGGACUAGAAGGGCAUUUCAGGGAGAGAACAGCACCAGGGGCUUGAGUGGUGUAUGGACUCAGUGACUGUUUCUUGUCCAGGAGGAAUUAACCCCAGAUGCUGGGCAGAGGGCUUUUUUCUGUACUGUUCCUAGUUUAGGAGAGAUGGAUCAUAGAAACUAGCCAACUAAUGGGUUCUAGAACAAGGCACAUGGAGAACAUUCUGUACAGUUUCUGGUGGGUACAUAGUUGUCUCUGCCUGGAAUUUUUUUUUCUUGCUUUGUUUUCUUUGAGCAUAAAGUAUUUACAUUGAACAGGUAAUUAAUUGACUUUCUGUUAUGUAUUGGGCACUUCCAGGUGGUAAAGUCCAGCUGUGAACCAGACAAGGGCCUCCUCAAGGAGCUUGCAUUGUGGUGGGAGGAAAUUGAAAAAUAAACUAAAAGGCAUCAGAAAACAAUAGCCACACAAAAUAAAAACAUAAGGGACUGGUGGUCAGUUUGGACAGCAUGUGGGCCUCUCUGAGGAGGUGACCUUUACACUGAGCAUAAGGAAGAGAACUGCAGAUAGAACAGCUGGUAUGAGGGCUGCCCUAAUCCAGGAACUAGUCUGACGUGUUUGGGGGGCUGGCACAUGUAUGGUGCCAGGCUUGCAGGCUCUCCACACACUGCCAUGAGCUCCUCGGGAAACCUGGGCGGAGGGUGCCACAGUGCUGUGACCAUCCCACAGAUCCAGUCCAGGCUUUCUUACGUGGCUCACUCAGGUCCUGCCGCUGGGAAGUGCAGUGCUGGUUGUACUCCAAAGUUCAUGUUCUUGAUCAUGUUACAGUGCCACUCGCAUGUCAUUGGCAGCAGGUUCAGUUGAGAUGUAAAGUCAUGGCUGGGGCGCAGCUCUGUGACAGAGCACUUGCCUAGCAUGUGCAAGGCCUAGCUCCAUCCCUGGCACAGGAAAAAAAAUGUGUAAAGUCAUAUUUUCAUAUGUUUCUUCAUUAGAUAAGCAGUUUGUGACUAAUGCAUCUUUUAGUAGGUUUUUCACAUCAGCCUGUAGAGUAAGGUAUUUUAAGUAGUUAGCUCAGCUUCUAGUACAUACUUUAAUGGGAUAGCCAGGUAUUUUUGUUUCUAAUAUUACUCUUGUCACCUCAGUUCACACAAAAGUGUUUUCGUGGUAAACAAUUUGGUUACAGUAAAAUGAGGAAAAAUUUGCAAGCCCCACAGGAUUAAGAAUAUGAGUGAAGUAUUUCUGCAGGCUGGGCUUUUGUUUACGUAGGAUGGUCAAUCUAGGCAUGCAUGCUAAUGUCACCUCUGUUUACACUGGGAAUCCCCCUGGUGAAGUGUGAAGAUGCUCUUUCCAGGAGGGGUGGGGAGGAUUUGAGAGCCAUAUGAACUUUUAGUUAAAAUGUGCUUCUUUGGUUUUCAAGGCUCUCCUGAGACCGAAGGGCAUUUCUUGAACAGCUCUGAGCACUGUGCUCUUGGGCCCAGGAAAUGCUAUUGUGCGGUCAUGUUCAUACUUCAUGCUAAAGACUGGCCUGUUUAGCGCUGAACUUGUGUUUAAGUUGUGAUUAGAAGGCUGUCCACUUGAGACCUAGGGAGUCAUCAGGUGGCCUGCUGGCUUCCACUUCAGAAGGAGGGUUUUCCCAAUGCUCACAGUGAAGAUGUGGCUUGGAAGAUUUUGGACUUAGGCAGGUGUGGGUUCUGGUUCCAGCCCCAUUGCAAAUGGCUGAUUGCUGGGGCAACACCCUAGCCUUUGUGAGCCUGUUCUCUUUUCUGAGUGGGAGCAGUAACAGUAGCCUCAAGGCCUGCUGUGGAGUGAAGACCGCGUCCUCGUGUCUGGUGUUUAAUAGAGCCUUAUUUUGCAGAUGAGAAAAUUGGUACCUGCUGGGUGGCCAGGGGGGUCUGCUGAGGACCUCAGCUGCUCAACAUGAGUGGGACUCAAGCCUGACCCUGGAGUCUGUUUCUCAUUUUCACUCUCAUGGAAACUACAGAGGGAGUUUGGGUAGUUGUCACCCACAGAUUUGGGGAGUGGUGAACCUUGCCUUCCCUGGGGAUCCACAAGUGCCUUGUCAUUAAACUGGGAAGGUCCCAGUUACUUAGUAGCGUUCUCUUGAAGAGUGGCGGAUCCUCUGAGUCCAUGCUCAGGAGCCAGGUGUCAUGCUGGGCCCUGGGCCUGCUUGGGAGCAGAGCUGUAGAAUGGCCUUGGACUUCUUUGUGAAAUGCAGUAAUGACACCCCUUCUCUAGGCCAUCUGGGAAUUGAGUGGGACAAUGUGGGGACCUUUGGCACCUGGGCUCUCAACAGGUGAAUCCUGCCUGGGGUCACAACAGCAUGUCGAAAUAGUCAUGAGUAGAUAGGAUUACCUCCAGUUUUCAGAUAAGAGAUUGGGACACAGAUAGAUGGACCGCCUGCAAGUACCGGGUGACAUCUUCUGGUUGAUGGUGGGUGGACCCAUUGAGGGCAUAGAGAAGACGGGUGCUUGAGGGAGGCUGGGCAUCCAGAGGAAGAAGUACCUGGAGGGGAUACCAUGGACCUACUAAAGGACUCCAGGCUCAGCAGGUUAGGGUGGACAGCACCACCGGAGAGAGAGAGGUUGGGGGAGAGAGAUUGUGGUGCUGGCAGUAGAAGACAGUUCAUCCAGGGUCACUUGGCAUGCCAGUUUGCUCUGUUGUGUCCCCCCGCCACCGCCAGAGCCUGUUACCUGCUUAUUUCUUUGUCCUGGACAGUUCAUGUUACAGAAUGUCUGAAGGGGACAGUGUUGGAGAUUCUGUCCAUGGGAAACCCUCAGUGGUGUACAGAUUUUUCACACGACUUGGACAGAUUUAUCAGUCCUGGCUGGACAAGUCCACACCUUACACGGCUGUGCGGUGGGUGGUGACGCUGGGCUUGAGCUUUGUCUACAUGAUUAGAGUUUACCUGUUACAGGGUUGGUACAUCGUGACCUACGCCCUGGGAAUCUACCAUCUAAAUCUUUUCAUAGCGUUCCUUUCUCCCAAAGUGGAUCCUUCCUUAAUGGAAGACUCAGAUGACGGCCCUUCCUUACCAACAAAACAGAACGAGGAAUUUCGCCCCUUCAUUCGAAGGCUUCCAGAAUUUAAAUUUUGGCACGCGGCCACGAAGGGCAUCCUGGUGGCAAUGGUCUGCACCUUCUUCGAGGCUUUCAACGUCCCGGUGUUCUGGCCGAUCCUGGUGAUGUACUUCAUCAUGCUUUUCUGUAUCACAAUGAAGAGGCAAAUAAAGCACAUGAUUAAAUACCGGUACAUACCAUUCACACACGGAAAGAGGAGAUACAAAGGGAAGGAGGACGUGGGCAAGACGUUUGCUAGUUAGAAGCUGGACUGACUCUGGCACACGUGUUCAAGACGGUUUUGAGCCAUUGUAACAAUGCCUUUUUCUUCACAUAAAGUAGUUGAUUACAAGGGAUUUGAAUUUUCUUUUUAAAAAGGAGCCUCAAUGAUUUGUAACUGAAAUACAGGUUCUUGAAGAAACUGGCAUUUAAACCAGACUGCAUUGAUUUCUAUUUCAGCGGUGUCCACCUGUUUCAAAGGACGGCAUUGUAGUAACCGCAGGCUCAAGAGGCCAGGCGGGCAGCAGGAGUGGGGUGGGAGGGAGGACAGGAGCGAGGCUGCAAGAGGAGCUGGAUGCUCUGCGUGGGGCUGUUUCCGGGCCACGGCGAGGCCAGAGGGACAAGGGACGAGGGACGAUGCCAACCUGAUUCCUGCGUGCAAGAGAACGUAACACUGCACAGGUGAUUUCAAGUAACUCUGGGGUUCUCAUGCCAGUUUCCAAACCUCACCUCACUGGAGGUGUUUCAAGCUGGCCUCUAUCGCGAUGACUCAAAACUUUGUUCUUAACUACCAUGAUUGCUUCUGAGGGCCUGGAAUUAUAAACAUAUUAUAUUUUAAUUGUUUGA